CCAUCGCGGCAUUUCAUCCGAAUGUUGGACGAGCUUCAUAACGAUCUUUACAAAAUUAAAAACUUUUUAAUGUUAUUUUACGUCUUUUCUUACACCGAGAAAGAAACGUGACUUCCGCAUCCGUUACUUUUGACUUCGCGGGUCAACACGAAACAGCUUGCGUCACGUUGUCGUUUCUAUGGAAAUACACCGACUGACCACGUGUUUCACACACUUCCGCACGACCCUGUGGUUUCUUUAAGUUGUGCAAACGCUGAAUCGGUGUUUAGAUCGAAACUUUAACAGUCGGUCGAUCGUCAUCAUGUCAGUGCUGUCUGUGGUUGAACAGGCGAUCGAGUCCUGCAAAGCGGAACAAACCAGGAUUCACGACAGUAUUCAACUCUACAGGGAAUUAUUACACAGUUUAGCACCGCAGCACAUGUCGAGCUUUGAGGAGUCAGAACAAUCAGGUGCUGCAGCUACAGACACAGAUACCUCACCAGGGGAGAAGGAAGAUAUAGAACUGCUUGAGCAAGCCCUGGAGAAAGCUCUUCGAAUCCGCACCGGCUCAGGAGCCUCUGUGAAGGACCCAGAGGGACACAAGCAAGCUCGACCUCUAAAAGAACCAGGCAACUCAAAAGAUGUAGCACAGUCAUCUGCACCGUUUAAAGGAGGUCAGACAACCAUCAGAUCAACCUCUAAAUCAGUCAGACUAGACAGAAAAGACCAAAAGAAACCUGGAUCAUCAGUAUCCUCCACGCAAAGCUCCAGGCCCGCAGCUAGCAACAAUCCUGGAAAAUCAAAACUCAAGACAAACAAUAGAAGCAUAAUCCAGAAGCAUCCUGUCUCGUCAGCGGAGGCCGUGCAUCACCAGGCAGCGAGGAAAUUGCAGCAGGCCGCUUCAGUGUCAGGAAGUCACAUCUCAACCUCGCACUCUAAAAACAGGACUAUUAAAAGCAGCGUGCUGAGUGGUGGUGACCCCGGCAAAGCUGCAGCUAUCUCCGCACGUCCUUCAAAUAACACACUGCCUUUUCCACACACACACGAGGCUGUAGCUCAUAGUUUGCUUCAACGUGAUGGAAUAACAUCUGAGCAGAUCACAAAAUGGAAAUCUUUACGGAAUAAGCAAAACAGGUUGUGGGACAAAGUUGUUGCCCUACAGAGGAACACUGUGCCUGGGAGGAGUCACUUCAUGGAGAGAAUGAGAGAUACGUUCCCGGAUGAUUCACCGUGUGGCAGCACAGAUCAGACCGGAGCUCCGGCCGACAAGUUGACUCACCGAGGGCACGGCCUCACACAUCACUGCCGGACAAAGCAGCUUCUGGCCAAACCAGCCCCAGAAGCGGCCGCAGCAAUCGAGAUGGAAACACAGGAUCGAUGGAGGCUGGAGGGAGGUUGUCUCCCCCUGACUAUAACCUACUCAGCAGAGGCAGAGCUGCGAGAUGUGGAGAAGCUGAGGAUGCGGGUGGCACUGCUGCAGCAGGAGAUUAACCUUGAGCAGGCUCUGUUGGACACUCUGUCCCCUCAGCUCUCGUCUAUAGCACCAGGGCCCGGAUGUCCCAGCGCCAGUGUGCUCAGAGACAUGUACUCCCUGCUGGGUGAAGGGGGGGAGCGUUUCCCCACCACAGUCCUGGACUCUGAGCCUGACUGACCACAGAACAUACAGUAAUGCACUGAGUUACCAGUUCAUGAGGUACUCUGUCCAUUCCCAAAUUUGUACAUGAGAGACCGAAAAUAUAUCACACACCUCUGAGUAUAAUACAGUGCAACACCAGUUGGGUCAUGCCACUCUGAUACUGUCAAUAAAACUAGAACAUAUGCUAUUUUGGAUUGCUUUAGAAUAAACAGUGGUUGAUAAUUCAAGAAGAUUUUUAGAUGUAAAUCAAAUAUGUCAUUAUUGUAAAGAAAUGUAAUUUGCUGUGACUCUAUUUAUUUAGUCUCAUUCUGUCUAAUAACUUGAAUGUCUGAAUGAAAAUACAGGACUGACCCUGAAUUUUGUCACUGUCCUAUUAAAAUCAUGUACAUAUCUCCACAAACAUUAAUGUUUGAGUUGAGCUAAAAAAGAAAAGCCCUGGUUUCAGUGUUGUGACAAACUUAUUUUUAAAUGGUUUAUUUAGCUUUAGAGACAAGAGAAUGUAGUCUCCUCUGGACACAGACAGCCAUUGCCAGCAGGGGGCAGUCAACUAACAGGAAGUCAUACAAACUGAUAUCAAGAUGACUGAUAUCAACCACUUUUGUUGUCAUUACUGUCAAAUCAAAAUCUGUUAAUAAAUCCUCAGUAAUAAGAAUAUGUGACCUAGAA